AUGUCUCUGGAUCUGGGUAAUGACUUUAACAUUGAUUCUCUAUUGCGGUUUGCAGGUUUGCAGGUGAUUUUCCCCGAGUACCUGCAGGAGAAGUUUGUUCAGUCGGCUCUCAGCUACAUCAUGUGUAACGGCGAGGGAGAAUACAUCUGCCAGAACAGCCAGUGUAUCUGCCAGUGCGCAGACGAGUUCCCACAAUGCAACUGUCCCACCACCGACCUGCAGAUCAUCGAAAACACACUCAUCGGGAUGGCGGAGACCUGGGAGGCUUCAUACAUUGACUUUGAGAGCUCAGAUGAGUUCAAGUCAUUCCUGAAGCGUCUGCCGGCGACACACUUCCUCCCGGUGAGCAGUGUUCACCUGCUGUGGGGCAGCGACUGGGAUCUCCAGAACCGCUAUCGGCUCCUGCAGAGCUCGCUGGAGGCCCAGAGACUGAAGAUCCAGAGAACGGCACGAAAACUGUUCGGUCUGAGCGUCCGCUGCCACCAUAAUCCCAACCACCAGAUGCCCAGAGAGAGAUCGGUGCUGCAGUGGCUGAACCGCGUGCAGUCCUUCCUCUACUGCAAUGAGAACGGCUUCUGGGGAACUUUCCUGGAGAGCCAGCGCACAUGUGUGUGUCACACUGGCGCCACUCUCUGCCAGCGGCCCAUCCCGUGUGUGAUCGGAGGCAACAACAGCUGCGCCAUGUGCAGCCUGGCCAACAUCUCCCAGUGCGGAUCCUGCAACAAGGGCUACAAGCUGUACCGAGGCCGCUGUGAGCCGCAGAAUGUAGACUCGGAGCGCAGCGAGCAGUUCAUCAGCUUCGAAACAGACCUGGACUUCCAGGACCUGGAGCUCAAAUACCUGCUCCAGAAGAUGGACUCGCGUCUGCACAUACACACCACCUUUAUCAGCAAUGAAGUGCGCCUGGAAACCUUCUUCGAUCCUCGAUGGCGCAAGCGGAUGUCGCUGACGCUCAAGAGCAACAAAAACCGAAUGGAUUAUCUGCACAUGAUCGUGGGGCUGUCGAUGAAGAUCUGCCAGAUGCGUAACAGCAGCGUGGAUCCCAUGUUUUUCGUGUAUGUAAAUCCAUUCAGCGGCAGCCACUCCGAAGGAUGGAGCAUGCCUUUCGGUGAGCAUGGAUAUCCACGAUGGGAAAAAGUUCGCUUGCAGAAUUCGCAGUGUUUUAAUUGGACGCUGCUAUUAGGGAACCGAUGGAAGACCUUUUUUGAGACCGUGCAUAUUUAUCUACGGAGCCGUGCGAAGGUGCCAACCGUCCUGCGUAAUGAUAGCGGUCCAGUGGACUUAUCGGAUCCCAACAAGAGGCAGAUCUACAUCAAGAUUUCUGAUAUCCAAGUGUUCGGUUAUAGCGUACGCUUCAACGCGGAUCUUCUGAGGAGCGCCGUACAGCAGGUUAAUCAAUCGUACACGCAGGGAACCCAGUUUUACUCGUCUUCGUCCAUCAUGUUGCUUCUGCUGGAUAUUCGGGAGAGAAUUAACCGUCUGGCGCCCCCGGUGGCUCCGGGAAAACCGCAACUGGACUUGUUUUCGUGUAUGCUGAAACAUCGGCUCAAGCUCAACAACAGCGAGAUGAUUCGGGUCAAUCAUGCGUUGGACAUGUACAACACAGAAAUCUUAAAACAAUCGGAUCAUCUGACUACCAAACUUUGCUGAAAACCGAUUGGAAGGACGACGGCGUUUGGGAAAAUACGGCGUUUAAAAAAACGGAUCUUUAUAUUUUCGUUCUUUCUUCGGUUUUUGCUCUUUUGAUGUAUUAUUAACAACUUUGUAAGUGUUCGAUUGUUAAACCUAAAAACAAACAAACAAACAAACAAACAUACACACUGGGGGAAAACAAAUAAACGAUUCGUUGGAUUUACUAGCGUUUUGUUUUAAGGGAAGUGGUUGCAAACUAUUUAUAUGGGCUGAAUUUAAACAAAUUACACUUGGUAAUGUUCAACCUAAUUUGUUUGUUUAAAUUCAACCCGUAUUAAUUGCUCGCAGGGGGACACAGUGGCUCAGUGGUUAGCACUGUGGCCUCACAGCAGGAAGGUCGCUGGUUCAAGUCCCGACUGAGCCAGUUAGUGUUUCUGUAUGUUCUCCCCGUGUUGGCGUGGGUUUCCUCCGGGUGCUCCGGUAUCCCCCACAGUCCAAACACAUGCGCUAUAGGGGAAUUGGGGAAGCUAGAUUGUCUAUAGUGUAUGAGUUUAUGUCCUGGUCUUCCAGGUUGGGGCUAACGACCCACAUCAUAAAAAUGAUGUUAUGAAACACCAACAUGGUGCGGCUAAAUAUCAACUUCGAUAUAAAAGGCCCUGUAAGUAAGUAAUAGUCAACCUAAUUUGUUUGUUUAAAUUUAGCCAAUAUAAAAUGUUUGCAAGGGCAGCACUGUGGCCUCACAGCAGGAAGGUCGCUGGUUCAAGUCCCGACCGAGCCAGUUGGCGUUUCUGAGUUUGUAUGUUCUCCCCGUGUUGGCGUGGGUUUCCUCCGGGUGCUGCGGUUUCCCCUACAGUCCAAACACAUGCGCUUUAGGGGAAUUGGGGAAGCUAGAUUGUCCGUAGUGUAUGAGUUUGUGUCCUGGUCUUCCAGGUUGUGGGUUGAGCGUUGGGCUAACGACCCACAUCAUAAAAAUUAUGUUAUGAAACACCAACAUGGUGCGGCUAAAUAUCAACUUCGAUAUAAAAGGCCCUGUGAGUAAGUAAGUAAGUAAUGUUCAACCUAAUUUGUUUGUUUAAAUGUAGCCCAUAUGAAAUGUUUGCAAGGGCAGCACUGUGGCCUCACAGCAGGAAGGUUGCUGGUUCAAGUCCCGACCGAGCCAGUUGGCGUUUCUGAGUUUGCAUGUUCUCCCUGUGUUGACGCGGGUUUCCUCUGAGUGCUCCGGUUUCCCCCACAGUCCAAACACAUGCGCUAUAGGGGAACUGAUGAACUAAAUCGGCUGUAGUGUAUGAGUGAGAAGGUGUAUGGGUGUUUCCCAGUACUGGGUUGCAGCUGAAAGGUCAUCCGCUGCGUAAAACAUAUGCUGGAAUUUUUGGUGGGUCAAUCCGCUAUGUCGACCCCUGAUGAAUAAAGGAACUAAGCCCAAGGAAAGUGAAUGUAUGAAUUGUUUACAUCCGUUUAUCCAAAACCAAAAUGAAGCAAAUCCACUGAAUCGUUUUCCUCCAGUGCAGAGAGAUCAUUAUAGUUCACCUAAAGGAAAACGAAAAAUAAGGAAACCACUCAAAAAAAAAGAGACUGUAUCAUAUUUGUCGAAGCAUGUCUGUCAUUUCUUAAGAGAGAAAAUAUCUGAAGACAAAAAAAAAAUCAUUCGCAAACUAUUAAAUUCAACAUCCAGUGACACAGAGGCCUUGAUUUUACUUUUGAGGGAACAAAAGGAACAUUUUUAAACUGCCAUUAUUACCAUGUUUUUAGAGUGUAACUACAAAUGGGCAGAACCAAAAUAUCCUGAUUUAAUUUCAGACACCCCCCACCGCCCCCAUGUUGUUACCACACAUAUUUAGAUGAGGUUUCUACAGCGUAAGGAUUCAUUGCGUGUAUUGUGUCCUGUCCUUUCAUACGAGAGUUGCAGCACUGUUUUUAGUUUUACUUUACUGGCGCUCGCCGGUGAACUGAACCCUGUUGUGAUUUUCAGAUUGGCGCUCUUGUUUUUCAGCAGAAAUGGAGUGGCUUGGGUGCCCGAGUGCAGUAUCUAUGGUUGAACAUAAUCAAUUCAUGCUAUUUCGUACUGCUUCGCAUAAUGUACACGUUGUGAUUGCUGAUGUGUCGAGCUUUUUCGCAGCACCGUAAACAAAAUUUGAUCAUAGCUCAUUUCUUUAAGGGUCAGCAUAAAGCCAUACAUUUCUCAGAGAGAUGGGAUUUAAAAUAUAUAUAAUAAUAAAAAGAAGAAGAAGAAGCUGCGCACAUAUUGUGAGAAAUGACCUCUAAAUUGCUUUUGUAUUUUACUUUAUUUUCCAGUCUUUUUCUAAUGAAAUAUAGCACAGUGGUCUAAAAAAAAAAAGAAGAGGAAGAAAACAACAUAUAUGUACUGCAGGAUUACGGCAUGACAUUGUAAAGCCAUUGCAUUUUCAUUAACGAGAGUGAAUCCACAAGAACAGUGUAUUAAAGCUUCAAAUAUCUACGAUGGUUUUAAUCUCAAAAUCUGCUUGUAUACCAAAUGUACACUUUUACUUUUGUAAUAUUUCAUUUGGGGUUUUUUAUAUUCCUUGAUGCAAUUCAGGUUUAACUUUUUUGACAUGUCGAAUUGAUUAAUCUCUCUCUACUCUAAAAUCUUAGCUGGG